CGGCUGGCGAUUGUGCGGAUAAGUUGGAAUACUUGUGUGGGGCAUAUAUUUUGUUUCGGUGCAACACAAAAUAUCACGUGUAUAAAACAGACUGGAAUAUGACACAGAACACGGAAUCAACCAGUACCAGUGGUGCGCCAGUGCAGGCAGUAAAUCAGUUCAGUUCAUUCGAGAUAUAGGCGGCCCUAACGUGUGCCCGUGUUCGCUCGCAAAGAACGGCAAUUGUGAAAAAUCUUAAAUCAAUUAGACUAUAAUUGAAUUAUAUAGCCGCCGUUAUCGUGGGCACUGGCUUUGGCUAUCUCCGCCUGGCCAAAUAUUGAUCUUCAACGGAUAGUGAACGUAAUAUACGCGCGGCCUUUCGACAGAUAAGUCUCUGGAAAGCCCAAACAAUAAAGUGGGUGAGACGCUAAUUAUAAUGAGCAAACAGCUGCGAGACAGUGAUAAAGUGCAGAGAAGCAACACUUAGACUUUUUUAUUUCGGCUCUUGCAAAUCGAGCGGCUAAUGCAAAUUCACAAAAACAUUUCAGCGGUUACUUUUCAAAAUUCAAAUCGAAAGCUGUUGCAAAGACAGGCGAGAGAGGGAGAGAGCGGGAGCGCAAAAGCUUCCGUUAGACGAAAUCAACCACCUAAACAAGGGCUCGCUGGGAGCGCUCUUCCACAGGCAGCGGAGAGCGAGAGCGCGGCGGCGUGUGCGCAGAGUCGAAAUGAGCGCGACAGAGGCAUCCGCACGAAAUGAAGUCCAACGACGUCGCAGCGUGGGCAGCGACAGCAGCAGCGUGGGCGGGGAGGUGGCGGUGGUGGAGCAGCCGGAUGGGGGCCCCCGUCGCACUGCCUGCCAGUGGGUGGGGAACGUCAUCAGCUCUACGUCCGUGGAGCCGACCAUGUUCCUCUACAUGUUCGCCUUCAUGAUCACCUCCGUGGUGGAGCAGAGCUUCUUCCUGUACAAGGCCUGCCGCGUCAACAACAACUUCAGCGAGGCGAUCUGCACCAACAUCAACAAGCCCGAGAACGAGGCGUACAAGAAGAAGUCCCUGGACACCACCGCCUGGUUCCUGCAGUGGGAGAACAUCUCCGCGCACAUCUUCCCCAUCAUCCUGGCCCUGUUCCUGGGCUCCUUCUCGGACCGUCGCGGCCGCAAGCUGCCGCUGCUGAUGGGCCUGGUGGGUAAGUUCAUCUACUCCACGAUGGUUGUGGUCAACGCCAAGAUGCCCCACUGGCCGGUGCAGAACAUCAUCUACACGGCCACCCUGCCCUCGGCUCUGACGGGUGCCGAUGUCGCCAUUUUCGCCUCCUGCUUCGCCUACGUUUCGGACAUAUCGACGGUGGAGCAGCGCACCAUCCGCGUGACCAUUUUGGACGUGGUGUAUCUGAGUGCCAUGCCCACCGGCGUGGCCCUGGGCUCGUACCUCUUCUACAACACCUUCCACCAGUCCUACGCAGACAUGUUUGCUGUCAACGCCUCCCUGCUGGCGCUGGCCAUCCUCUACACGCUGUUCGCCCUGAAGUGGCAAACCACGCCCCGACAACGCUCGCUGAGGGAGUUGGGCUGGUGCGGCUUUUGGGGCGACUUCUUUGACAGGCAGCACGUGAAGGACUCGUUCAGCGUUCUGCUGAAGCCCCGCCGCGGUCAUCGACGCAGCUUCCUCGUCAUCCUGCUCCUCAGCAUGUUGCUGUACACAUUCCAGCGGGACGAGGGCAGCUACCUGUACCUGUACACGCUGGACAAGUUCAAGUGGGACGUGAGCUCCUUCAGCAGCUUCAAGACCUUCAAGUCGUCGGCCUACGUGAUUGCCAUGCUCCUCGCUGUGCCGCUGAUGAACAAGGCUCUGGGCUGGCGUGACACGACCAUCAUCUUCAUUGGCGCCUGGGCGCACUCGAUAGCCCGCCUGUUCUACUACUUUGCCACCACUCCGCAGCUGCUCUAUGUCGGCGCCGUGGUCUGCAGUCUCGGUCCGAUUGUGGGUCCCAUGAUUCGGGCCAUGACCUCCAAGAUAGUGCCCACCUCGGAGCGUGGCAAGGUCUUUGCCCUGCUCUCUGUGUGCGACAACGCGGUGCCGUUCAUCAGUGGGGUCUGCUACUCGCAGAUCUACCGCGCCAGCCUCGACGCCAACCACGGAGGAAGUGUCUUCAUCCUAACCAUUGCCACCCAGCUCACGGUCUUUGUUUUGAUACUAUGCAUUCACAUCGUGCUGGGAAAGAAUUCACUGGCCGUCCCCGAAGUCCCGGAAAAGGAGAGCGGGCUGAUCGGCACCAACAAUGGAACGACGGUCAUGGCAACGCCCCAAGAAGAGGAGAGAUAGCCCCAGCCUCUGCCAUUUACACAUAAAUACAGACAUAAAUAAUUCUUACCUUGAA